AUGGAGUCGGAGCUGCUCUGCUUCCCUCAGCUCCUCAACGCCUCCUGCCGGAGGCCGCCGCCUCCCCGGAGCGAGUCGCGCCUCCGGCUGCUCCUCGUCCUCCUCCUGCAGGCCUCGCUGUACUUCAUCUGCGGCCUGACGGUGGCGCUCAACCUGCUGGUCGUCGUCUGCAUCUCGUACUUCAGGCGGCUGCACAGCCCCACUAACACUCUGCUCCUCUCUCUGGCUGUCGCAGACUUGCUGGUGGGCCUGCUGUCCAUGCCGGGCGAGGUGGUGCGGCGCUGGUCCUGCUGGCCGCUGGGCGACGCGGCGUGCUGCCUCUAUAACUUCCUGAGCUACGUGGUCACGUCGGCCUCGGUGGGGAACAUGGUGCUGAUCUCGGCCGACCGCCACGCCGCCGUGUGCGACCCGCUGCGCUACCCGGGCCGGGUGACGCCGCGGCGGGCGCGGCUCGCCGUGCUGCUGUGCUGGCUCUGCUCGCUGCUGUACGGCGCCGUCUUCGUCCGGGAGGAGUUCGUCGACCCGGGCCGCCACCACUCCUGCCAGGGGGAGUGCGUGGUGGUGCUGGACUUCCUGUCGGGGGUCCUGGACCUGGUCUUGACCUUCGUCCUUCCCGUUGCCGUCAUCGUGCUGCUGUACCUGAGGGUGUUCGCCGUGGCGGCGUCUCAGGCCCGGGCCCUGCGCUCGCGGGUCGCCGCCCGCCGCCCGCAGGCUCACGCCAAGCGGUCGGAGCUGAAGGCGGCCCGGACCCUGGGGGUCCUGGUUCUGGUGUUCCUGCUCUGCUUCUGCCCGUUCUACUGCGUCAGCCUGGCUCUGGGGGAGUCGCUCAGCAGCGACGCCCAGUUCUUCGUCUUCUUCCUCUUCUACUUCAACUCGUCGGUGAACCCGCUGAUCUACGCUCUGUUCUACCCCUGGUUCAGGAAGGCCGUCAGACACACGCUGACGCUCCGCAUCCUGCAGCCGGGAUCCAGCCAGACCAACUUCCUGUAG